CAGUGUCUUCGCGAAUACGCGGUAGAAAUCAGUUGUGUUUAUAACCUAACAUCGCGUGUUUCUAGUGCAAGUUAAGCUUUCGUUGGGUGACAGGCAGUUUUCGGUGUUUGUAAGCUGAUAGUUCGAUUGCAAUUGACGAUUUAAAGGAUACAACCGAUCAGAAUGGAGUGUUUAAUCGGAAUCAAGUUCAAAGAUUUUGUAUUAAUCGGAGCUGAUAUGACCACAGCCCAUUCAAUCAUGGUAAUGAAAAGCGACGAACACAAAAUUCAUAAAAUCGCUGAGAAGCUUGUUAUGGCUGUGUCCGGAGAGAGCGGUGACACGAUACAGUUUUCAGAGUACAUAGGAAAGAAUAUACAGCUUUAUAAAAUGAGAAACGGUUACGAAUUGUCCCCAAGAGCUGCUGCAUCUUUCACCAGGAGAAACCUGGCCGAUUAUCUCAGAAGCAGAACGCCGUACUUCGUGAAUUUAUUAAUGGCUGGCUACGACGAUCACACAGGACCAGAAUUAUUCUUCAUUGAUUAUUUAGCAUCGUGUGUCAGCGUCCCUUAUGCAGCGCAUGGCUACGGAGGCUUCUUCUCUUUGGCUAUAAUGGAUAGGUAUCACAAAUUAGAUUCUACAGAGGAAGAAGCAUAUUCAUUAAUGAAAAUGUGUGUGAGAGAAAUUCAGAAACGUUUGAUAGUCAAUCUCCCUAACUUCAAGGUACAAAUUGUAUCCAAAGACGGCGUGAGAGAGUUGAAACCAAUCACCGCGCAGAGUUUAGCAAUGGAGGAUGCUGGUAAAGCAUAAAUAUGUUUUAUAUUUACUUUUGUAAUAUUGCUCUUAAUCUGGGGAAUAAAUGCUUGUGCUGCUUCAAAAUGGAAGUGGUGAAUUAUUGAAAAA